AUGUCCGGUUUGAGUUUCGAAACAGCUUAACCGGACUUAAGCCCAACUCAACCUCCGGAGGACUGGUAGAUUGAUGCUUCCCUGGCCAUUUUAGAUUUUAGAACCUGUCCCAUGAAGCGCGAAAUAGCCAAGCUUGUCACGGAUGGCUUCUACAGAGCAGCACUUUCCUUGUAUUCCCAUUGCCACUCAGCCUCGCUCCCUCCUAACAAAUUCACCUCCCCUCUCCUCAUAGCCUGUGCCAAACUCGGGUCAGCUCUACAAGGGCAGAUGAUCCAUACCCAUCUCAUCAAAAUCGGCUUUCUUUCUGACGUUUACGCAGCCACUUCUCUCACCGACAUGUACAUGAAACUGUAUCUAUUACAUGAUGCACUUCAGGUUUUCGGUGAAAUGCCUGAAAGAAACUUGGUUUCCUUGAAUUCCUUAAUUUCGGGGUUUUCACAAAAUGGGUAUCGCAGAGAAGCAUUAUCGGUGUUUAAACAGGUGGGGUUUGGAACAUGCAGGCCUAAUUCCGGGACAAUAGCUAGUUUGAUGUCGGCGUGUGAAAGCGUUGGACGUGGCAUGGAAAUACAUUUGGCGAUAAAAUUGGGAGUCGAGGCGGAUGUUUUUGUUGCAACCUCGAUUGUGACAAUGUAUUCAUAUUAUGAAGAUUUGGUUUCAGCUUCAAAGGUGUUUGAGGGGUUACCUAAUAAGAGUGUAGUUAGCUAUAAUGCUUUCAUUUCGGGACUUUUGCAGAAUGGGGUUCCACAUACGGCUUUGGACAUGUUUAAGGACAUGAGGGAAUGUUCAGUCGAAGAGCCAAACUCGGUUACUUUUAUUUCGGUUCUUUCUGCAUGUGCUAGUCUUCUGUAUCUUCGAUUCGGUAGGCAAGUGCAUGGACUCAUAAUGAAAACCGAAAUAGAAUUUGAUGCUAUGCUGGCAACGGCGCUGGUGGACUUUUACUCCAAAUGUGGCUGUUGGCAAAUGGCAUUUGAUGCUUUCAAAGAGUUUGAUGGAAGCAGAAACUUAAUAACAUGGAAUUCCAUGAUUGCUGGCAUGAUGUUGAAUGAUCAGACUGAGAACGCCGUUGAGUUAUUUGAACAGUUAGAAUCUGAAGGGCUGGUACCUGAUUCAGCAACCUGGAAUUCAAUGAUAAGCGGGUUUUCACAACUGGGGAAGGGGAUUGAAGCCAUUAAGUACUUCAAGAGAAUGAUAUCUGCUGGCGUAGUCCCAAGUUUAAAAUCUAUCACAAGUCUUUUACCGUCUUGUUCAGAUCUGUCUGCUCUGCAGUGUGGAAAAGAGAUUCAUGGACACGCGAUUAGAACCAAUAUCAGUACUGACGAGUUCAUUGCCACUGCACUUAUUGAUAUUUACAUGAAAUGUGGUCAUUAUUUGUUGGCACAAACGAUUUUCGAUCAGUUUGAUAGAAAACCUGAUGACCCUGCGUUUUGGAAUGCUAUGAUAUCUGGUUACGGAAUAAAUGGGCAGAAUGAAUCUGCGUUUAGGAUAUUUGACCAGAUGGUAGAAGAAAAAGUACAUCCAAGUACGGCAACUUUUACUAGUGUGUUAUCUGUCUGUGGCCACACUGGCCAGGUUGAAAAGGCUUGGGAACUUUUAAGGAAGAUGAAGAUAGAUUAUGGCUUGGAACCAAAAGGAGAACACAUUGGUUGCAUGGUGGACCUUUUGGGUCGAGCUGGUCGAUUGGAUGAAGCUCAAGAAUUAAUACAAGAAUUACCACAGCCUUCUGCAUCUGUUUUUGCUUCUUUACUUGGUGCUUGUAAAUGUCAUUUAGAUUCAAAAGUGGGGGAAGAAAUGGCAAUAAAGCUGUCAGAAUUGGAGCCAGAAAAUCCGUCUCCUUUUGUGAUCUUGUCUAAUAUAUAUGCCGCAUGUGGAAGGUGGAGGGAUGUGGAAAGGAUUAGGGGGAUAAUGAGCGACAAAGGUUUGAGAAAGCACCCUGGCUUUAGCUUAAUAGGAGAAACAUGA